AUGGUGCACUUAGGUCCAAAACCUCCACAGCACAGAAAGGGUACUUUUACCGAUGUUCCUGAAGAUCUCAUGAAGGAGUUGAAUGAGUUAGAAGAAUUAUUGACUGUUUCUCCAGACACCUUAAAAAAAAUCACUGAACACUUCAUUGGUGAAUUGGAAAAGGGGUUAUCCAAGCAAGGAGGUAACAUUCCUAUGAUCCCAGGAUGGGUUUUAGAUUUCCCAACUGGUAAGGAAAAGGGAGACUAUUUGGCUAUUGAUUUAGGUGGAACUAACUUAAGAGUUGUGUUAGUUAAGUUAGGUGGUAACAGAGAUUUCGAUACCACUCAAUCUAAGUUCGCAUUACCAGAAACCAUGAGAACUGCUACUUCUGAUGAAUUGUGGACUUUCAUUGCUGAAUGUUUGAAGAAGUUCGUUCAAGAAGAAUUCCCACAAGGGUGCACUAAACCUUUACCGUUAGGUUUCACUUUCUCUUACCCAGCAAGUCAAAAGUCUAUCAACACUGGUGUUUUACAAAGAUGGACUAAAGGUUGGGAUAUCGAUGGUGUUGAAGGCCACGACGUUGUUCCAAUGUUACAAAAGGCUAUCGAGAAGGUUGGAGUCCCAAUCAAUGUUGUUGCUUUGAUUAACGAUACCACUGGUACUUUAGUUGCUUCCAUGUACACCGAUGCUGAGACUAGAAUGGGUUUGAUCUAUGGUACUGGUUGUAAUGGUGCCUACUAUGAUGUUGUUAGUGAUAUUCCAAAGUUGGAAGGCAAGAUGCCAAGCGAUGUUGACCAAAGUGCCCCAAUGGCAAUCAACUGUGAAUAUGGUGCAUUUGACAAUGAACUCGUCGUGUUACCAAGAACGAAGUAUGAUAUUCUCAUCGACAAACAAUCUCCAAGACCAGGCCAACAAUCUUAUGAAAAGAUGAUUUCCGGUUACUACUUAGGUGAAGUCUUGAGAUUGAUUUUACUUGAUUUAGCCAAGGAAAAGAAAUUGAUCUUCAAGGGUCAAGAUUUAUCUAAGUUAGAAACCGAAUUUAUCUUAGAUACCUCAUUCCCUUCUAGGAUCGAAGAAGAUCCAUUUGAAAACUUAAGCGACACUGCCGAAUUAUUCCAAAAAGAAUUAGGUAUUCAAACCACUUCGCCAGAAAGAAAGAUCAUUCGUCGUCUUGCUGAAUUAAUCGGUGAAAGAUCUGCUAGAUUAUUUGUCUGUGGUAUUGCCGCAAUUUGUAAGAAGAGAGGUUACAAGACUGCCCAUUGUGCUGCUGACGGUUCCGUUUACAACAAAUACCCUGGUGUCAAGGAAAGAACUGCUAAGGCCUUAAGAGAUAUUUUUGAAUGGGAAACUAAAGAAGACCUUAUCACUAUUGUCCACGCCGAAGAUGGUUCCGGUGUUGGUGCUGCAGUCAUCGCUGCCUUAACCGAAAAGAGAUUGGAACAAGGCUUAUCUGUUGGUAUUCAAGAUUAA